AUGCCGUCCGCGAAACCCUUCGCGACAGCCGCAGGCAUGCUCCGUGCCCGUAUCAGUUCGGGCCUCCGAACAAGAGGAGGACACGGCCCGAACCCGUUCACUACUCCGGGCCACCAAGAACGGCCCAACGGCUACCUCUUCAACCGCCCACCACCUCCACCUGGUCAGUCAAGGAAAUGGGAGGAUUGGGAACUCCCUUGCUACGUCACCAGCUUUCUCACUAUCGUCAUCCUCGGUGUGGGCCUCAACGCCAAACCCGAUCUCACCCUCGAAACUUGGGCCCAUCAAGAAGCCCUCAAACGACUCCAGCUUGAAUCUGUCGAUGCUGAGUGA